UGAUGGCCACCACAGAUUUGCUGUUUGAACCAAGUAUGCUGUGCUUUCUGAGGAGGCUAAGAAUAUACCAUUUUUCCAACUGCCAAGUGAUUGGUGCUUCUGUGGGUUCUCACUUCUGUCACCUGGCAUGGAUCAACACACCCAAGAAACAAGGACGACUGGGACCCAUGAACAUUCCCUUGAUAUCAGACCCCAAAUGCACCAUUGCUCAGGACUAUGGAGUCUUAAAGGCCAAUGAAGGCAUCUCAUUCAGGGGCCUUUUUAUUAUUGAUGAUAAAGGUAUCCUUCGACAGAUCACCAUAAAUGACCUUCCUGUUGGCCGUUUGGUGGAUGAGAUGCUGAGACUAGUUCAGGCCUUCCAGUUUACUGACAAACAUGGGGAAGUGUGCCCAGCUGGCUGGAAGCCUGGCAGUGAUACCAUCAAGCCUGAUGUCCAGAAGAGCAAAGUAUAUUUCUCUAAGCAGAAGUGAGCACUGGGCCAUUUUAGGGCCAGGCUGCAGUAGGUGGCCAUGAGAACAAACCUCUUUUGUACUAUUGUCAUGCUUAAAACACA